CGCCCCUCGCCCAUGUGACAGCUGGAAGGCUGGACCACAGGGUGAGUAGUUGAGAUUGUGUGGGUUGGGUCAAACUUCCACUACUCCUGCAGUCGUGGGCGAAUACAAGUCUGAAGAUAUGCGGGUGGCAGUAAUUGGAGCUGGAGUCAUCGGCCUGUCAACAGCUCAGAGCAUCUACGAGCAGUAUCACUCCAUCGUCAGUCCACUGACCAUCGAGGUGUAUGCAGACUGUUUCACUCCACUGACCACGAGUGAUGGAGCUGCUGGCUUCUGGCAGCCCUAUCUCUACGAUAAGGGCAACGUCCAGGAGACAAAAUGGAAUAAAGAGACAUUUGACUACUUGCUGAGCUACCUCAGUUCGCCAGACUCCAUACAAAUGGGUAUAUUCCUUCAGUCUGGCUACAACCUCUGCAGUGAACCAGCCCCAGAUCCCUCAUUUAAGGACAUCGUCCUGGGCUUCAGACAGCUCACAGAGCGAGAACUGCAGAUGUUCCCUGGAUACAACUAUGGGUGGUUCAACACUGCUCUCAUGGUGGAAGGUAAAACAUACUUACCUUGGCUGAUGGAUUGGUUGCAAAAAAGGGGUGUGACAUUUUAUCAGAGGAAAAUAGAGUCCUUCAAGGAGCUGGCAGAAACUGGGGCAGACGUGAUAAUAAACUGCACUGGGGUGAGAUCAGGAGACCUCCAGCCAGACCCUGAGCUCAAACCAGGCCGGGGGCAGAUAGUGAAGGUGGAUGCUCCGUGGCUGAAGCAUUGGAUUCUUACCCACGAUUUUAAAACAGGAGUCUACAAUUCACCAUACAUCAUUCCAGGGAGUCGUCUUGUGACAGUCGGUGGGAUUUUCCAGUUAGGAAACUGGAGUGAACAGAACAACUCCACCGACCAUAAGAAAAUUUGGGACAACGCUUGCCAACUCGAGCCAAGUCUCAAGCAUGCCAGGAUAGUGGAGGACUGGUCCGGCCUCAGGCCUGUUCGCAGCAAAGUCCGACUGGAGAGGGAGACCUUGCAGUCAGGUGCAGCGAGAAUGGAGGUGAUACACAACUACGGCCAUGGCGGUUUCGGACUCACCAUUCACCGCGGCUGUGCCCAGGAGGCAGCGAGGCUCUUCGGUCAGAUCGUGGAACAAAAAGGAAAAGGUCCAAAAGCUCGCUUGUAAUUUUAGGUCCAGUAGGAGUGAUUGGCGCACUUCGUAUUUCAAUGGCUUGCAUCCGAUACUGCACAAACUGUUCUUGUCUAUAAAUAACAUUCAAAGCAAACAGAUAUACAAUAUCAUAUACCUUUGGGACAAUUACAUUCACUUUAAAACAAUGUUAUGUUUUUAACUUGUGUGUAACUCUAAAGAGGAGACACUAAUUAACAGGUGGCAAAUUCACAUGUAAUCAAACUUUAAUCCGUAGGAGGUUUGGGUCAUUUGAUGAAGUAUAUAAGGUGUACAUACCUUUGAAAAUGUUCUAAUUAAAUGUAAAGUAGACUUGAUAAAAUCACACUGUUUAGUAAUAAAUAACAACAUGAAUCGA